AUGCCAUCUCUGAGUAAUAUCACCUCCCCUAUCUUUCUCCUGACGGGUAUUCCAGGGCUUGAAGUUUUCCAUAUAUGGUUCUCUAUCCCUUACUUCUGCCUCUGUUCUGUGGCCCUCUUGGGGAAUUUCAUGAUCAUGUAUGUGGUCAUCACUGAGCAGAGCCUCCAUGAGCCCAUGUACUAUUUUCUCUCCAUGCUGUCAGCCACUGAUGUGGGCAUCACAGUUUCUUCCUUGCCAACCACACUUGGGGUUCUCUGGUUCAAUAUCAGGGAGAUCAGUCUUGAUGGGUGCAUUGUACAGCUGUUCUUCCUCCAUGGUUUCACUCUCAUGGAGUCCUCUGUGCUUCUUGCCAUGGCCUUCGACCGCUUUGUUGCCAUCUGUGAACCUCUGAGAUAUACCACCAUUUUAACCAACUCCAGAAUUGUUAAAGCUGCUCUAGGGAUUUUUAUAAGAAUGUUAAUCAAUCUGAUGCCCCUCCUCCUACUCCUCAAGAGGCUUUCAUUCUGUGGUACCAAUAGCCUCUCACAUUCCUACUGCUACCACCCAGAUGUGAUUAAACAGUCCUGUUCAAGCACCAAGAUCAACAGCAUUGUUGGCCUCCUUGCCCUCAUCUUGACCUCAGGCAUAGACAUUCCAUGCAUCAUCCUUUCCUACGUACUAAUUAUCAAGUCCCUACUCAGCAUUGCAUCUCCUGAGGAGAGGCAUAAGGCCUUUAGCACCUGUAUCUCCCACAUAGGUGCCGUUGCUAUCUUCUAUAUCCCUUGGAUUAUUCUGGCUCUUAUGCACAGGUUUGGUCACAAUGCCCCUCCAUACAUUCAUGUACUGCUGUCAAAUAUCCACUUUCUUUUGCCCCCUGUACUUAAUCCAAUCAUCUACAGUGUGAAAACCAAGCAAAUCUAUAGGGUCAUUCUCAAGGUCUUUCAAGCCAAUGCAUCAAGGGUAUAA